AUGGGUGUAAGCCCAAGUCCCGGCGCAAAAUUCGCCAAGUUGAAGACUGUGAAAGACCGAGUUCUUGUGCACGGCGAGGAAUUGACUGCCUCGGGUUCUCCUGCACACUUUAACGAUUGGAGAGUCGACUUUGAAGGACCACUACGUCGGCCAAAAAAUGGACGUAACGAGCGCAAAGUUUGAACUACCGAACAUUUAUUUUGAUAAUAAAAUUUUAUAAUUUGGACGCGCUGCUCUAUAGUGUAACUAACCAUGAUGAUUUGGCAUUAGUGACUGAAUAAUAAACAAUAAAUUAGACAGACGUCAACAAAACGAUAAGGCUAUACAGCGCAGAUAAGAUCGGCCCGCUCUAAUUGGAAAACCCUAUAUAAUAUUAAAUUAUACAUCUGCACAUCUUACAAAAUUGUAUAGAAAAGUAUUAUGUAGUUAAAUAUAAUCUCACUGAUUUAAAUACUCAUUAUAUUAAAUACCUAGGUAUAAAUUAAUAAAUAUACCUAGUGCCGUUGCCUAGCAAAAUCAGCACCCGGUGCCAGAAAAAUUUAACGAUGAGCAAAAAAAAUUGUUUAUUACAAAUAUAUUCAUGUACGAGUAUGAACUUAAACAUUUUCAAAUAGCUCCUGGUGCGUGGGCACAUCUUGCACCCCGCUAGGCAUGACUCUUAAUAGGUAUAUCUAAUGUGAAGUCUACUUUACUUUACUUUUUAAUGAUUAUCCAAUCAAACAUUAAUUUUCCCUCUAUCACUUAUUUAUAUAAAAUAUUUAUUAUAUAUUUUAUGUUUCUACUAUAGAAAUAUAAAAAAAGAUUGACAUACUUCACUUGUGCAGGGUGGGCCGCUGUUGUAGGUGAAAAGUUGGGAAGGUAGUUGAGGGGAAAUUAAUUGUAUAUGUGUAUACAAAGAUUAACCAUUGCUAACGAAAAAUCCAUUCUGAGCGGAGUUCGGUUGAUAGUAUUGCUUUGUCAACAAUGUAGGUAUAUGCCAUAUUAUGGUAAAUAAAUACAUAGUAUGCAUUAUAUAAUAUUUUCUUUAAUAAUAUUUGUUUAAUAUUGUAGGUAAUUUUCUGUUUUUACCCGAUUUUUCCCAUUUAUUAGGAAAACUCUUUGGAAAAUCAAAAAUUACCUCUCUAAAGUACCUACUCAGUACAAUUUCCUUUCAGAAAAAGUGCUAUUAUUUUAAAUCUGAGUAAAAUUGCUUGUAGAAAAGUUUUCCCUGGAAAAAAAAUACACAUCAUUGUAAAAGUAUAUGUAUAUUGUAUAGGUAAUAUGGGAAAUUAUUAAUUAAUAAUAAUCAUAAAGAAUAUAAUAGGUAGCUGAUGAUUGUGGAUUAUAGAUUUUAGAUACUUGUAUAAUAAUAAUUACUUAUAAUUAUCUUUUUAUACAUUUUGUAGUUAAUUAUUAAUUUAUAUAAAAUCAUAUUUGUAUACAUAGGUACAUAUCGAAUAUAAAUUUAAAAAAUACACUCAAAGAACCAAUAAAAUAUUUAAAUUUAAAUUAAAAAGUUAAAUUUUGUUUUCAGGAACAUUAGAUUUUUUGGGUAUCAAUCAUUAUUUUUCGGUUUAUGCAACAAAAUUACAUAAAAAUAAGGAACUACCAUUAAAAUCUCUAGAUUCUAGUUUUGAAUUAUCAUUAAUUAAAGAAUUGCCUCAUUCAAACCCUAUGUGGAUUAAAGUAAAUUCUCAUAAUAAAUUAAAAUAUGUUUUUGAAUUAUUUCUACAAAUAUAUUAUUUAUUUAGGAAACUCCAAAAGGGAUGCGUUAUUUAUUAUGUUGGAUUAAAGAGACUUAUGGAAAUCCUAAGGUUCUUAUUACUGAAAACGGAGUUUCGGGUAAUGAGCAAAACGAAGAUUAUGAUCAAUUCAUUAAAAUAAGAUAUCAUUAUGUAAAGAAAUAAGUAUUGUUUUAUUAUAUUUAAUUUAUUGGACUAAUAAUAAUUUUUGUAUAGAUAUUAUAAUUUCAGUAUUUUUUUUAUUUAAUCGUGUAAUCAAAUUGAAUUUGUUCAUUUAGACUAAACUAGUUUUUUUUUAAAAUUCAAAUGCAUCGUAACAGUAUUGACUAUUGAAUAAGACGGGAUUCACACUUGCGGAAAUUCCAGGAUACUUAUCUAAAAACGGGAGCACGUAAAAACCUGGAAUAUAAAAAUUAAUUAUCGGAGACCGUUAUUGGAGACUUUGACACUGAGUUUCCCCAAAAAUAAACCAGACAUUUUUCCAGAGAAGCACGUUCCUCCAUACCUGAUUUAUUUUGUUUCAUUGGUCAUUUCGGUGUAUUUUCUUUCUAUAAUUAAUAGUAAUAUUCAACUUAUUAGCCGGAAUUAUUAUGUAUGUUAUGGUAUUUAUAAAUAGAGAACAAAGUUUUGGUGACCGCGAGUGUCUAAAUAGUUUACACUUACUCUUCUUUAAGUCGGCAAAAGGGGAAGUAUGUAGUGAGGAAGAGGAGGUGAUGAGAAAGGGGAUCACGAAAACAGAGAGAGAGUGAUGAUGAGGUUAAUUUAAUUUUUUUUUAAAUUAAUGAUGAUGAUUUCAUACGAUUUCAUAUUAUAUUCAAUAGCAGGAACGUAGUGAAUCAUCUAGUUUAGAUAGGUAUAUUAAUACAUUUUGAAAUUAAUAAUUUAAAUGGUUAUCAUUGAAUUAUAAUCAUAUUGCUAGUUUUCAUGGUUAAAAUACGAAACUAAGAAUAUAUUAUUUAUAUAUUUAACUUCUACACCAAUAUUAAUAAUAUUUUUACACAAAUUUCGAGGGGGCUCAUCCCUCGGUAUCAGCUGAUUAAAAUAACAAUACUGGUUAUAAAUAUUUCUAUUUAAAUUAAAAUACAAACUGCCAAUUACCACGUUACCUAUGUAUACUGCAGUGGUUGUAUUUAUGGGGUGGAAUAUCUCACUCAGACACAUAAAUUCUAUAUUGGUGGGCUUGGAUAAUUUAGGUAUCGGAAUAGGCCAUUGGAAUUCUAAAUUUAUACCAAUAUUUGCAAGUAUAAUUUCACUUUUGUUUAAUACUUAUUUUGAAAUUCUAGGAUAAUUUGUAGUCCGUCUCCCUGGCACCCGUUAAUUGUCCUAUCGACUUUGGAUCAACAUAAUUUGUAUGUACCCGAUUUGUAUUUUUUUAAAAAAAAAAUUGUAUCCCCUUAACUUUCCUGUAAAACGGUAUUUUAAAUACGAGUGCUGAGAAGACCGUAUUAUCCAUGGCAUCCGUACCCUUUAAAAAUCAUCCUAUCGAUUUCGAACCGACACCAUUUUUUUUUACUCGAUUUAUAUCCAUUUGUAUCCCUUUUAAAAAAAAUUGUAACCCCUUCACUUUCCUGUUAAACAGAAUUUUAUAGACCAUCUCCCUGGCACCCGUAACCUUUAAAAAUUAUCCUAUUGACUUCGUACAUUGUAUUCAAUUCACUCUGUGGACAAAAUUGUUAGACUAAACAGAAAUAUUUUAAAAUUUAACAGGAGGUUCAUUAUAAGUAAUAUUGAAUGAUUUAGAGGUACUAUUUUUAAAUGGUAUUUUAUGACAGAUAACGCGUGAGUCAUAUCAAACUGUCGUGGUAUUUUUGUUUAGUGUUAUUUGACAUAAUUGACACCGACCGACCUUUCGAAUCAUCACCUUUUCAGUGUUUGGGUUCCAAAGAGAAAAUCCACUUUGAAAAAAAUCCACUGUUUUCGACCAAAAUUUAGUUCAGAGGUGAAGUUCAUUGUUGGCCUAAUGGUUACCUCAAUAUUCAAGGGAUAAGAGCAACCCGAAAAGGUUCAAGAGCUACCAUCCUGACAACAACGGUUUAGUGUGGUUUAUCAUCGGUCUUUUUUUUCUUCAAAAAUGACGCUGGCCAGAACGUAACUUUGAAUAGCGCCCGUUAUUGCAUUUAUAUCACUUGAUAUCACACCUUUUGACUUUUUUCAUUAUAGUAUAGUCCAAAGUCUAUAUAGCCAAACCAAUAGGCUACAAUAAAUGAAUUGGAAGCCAACAUCAGAAGUGUCAUUGGCCAAAUACCAGUUAAAAUGCUUGAAAAUUGGAAUUUUAUAAUGGCCCAUGUUAAUCACAGUUACGGCUAACAUUUAAAAAACAAAAUAUUUUUAAAAAAGAGCUGAUACUGGGGACGAGCGUGGCCACUGUUGUAGAUAGGUAGUUAGAAUGUGAAAUUUAACUAACGAUAAACCAUUGAUAACGAAAAACGAUUCGGAACAAAGUUCAGUAGCACAUGUUUUAAAAAACCAUAAUAUUUACAAUUUCCGACAAAAUUUGGUUUUAAAACACUUAUAUAAAAAAAAAAACAUUACAUUACAAUCAAUUUUAUUUUUGACCACAAAGUGCGACUCUUAAGGAAUCUCCAAUUAAAUUGUCAAGCAUUUCUGUUAUGUUUAAUAUUUUAACAAAUACUUAACAAAUACAAAUUACAAAUUCGAUGAUUAUGUCUUUGUCAUUCCAUUUUAUUAAAUCAUGUAUUCUAUAAGACAAAUUAGAUUAUUUUUAAAUAGAAAGCAAAAAGAGUUUAAAAAUAAUUAGAUCUGUCUAUCUGAGGUAGAAAUUACUAGCAACACACUUCUCACUUGUAAAAAAUAUAAAAAAUAGCUUUCUUUUAGAUUUCGAGCCUAGCGAGGGAAUUAUUGUUUUUACAUUGUUGUUGAUUUCUUUAUUUUUUUUAUUUUUCUUUGUUCUAGUCUGUGGAUACGGUUUUUUCUAGUAAACUUUUCUGAAAGCUCAAGUUGUCUAGAUUGCAGAAAAGUAAUUUUCAGGAUUUCAUUAUUUUAUAAAAACACGGACGAUGUUUUUUACCAGAAAAAUGAUUGAAUCGAAAAAUCAAAUCACAUAACACGUUUUUUGUUGCCUUUUUGAUUUACUUUCUAACGUAUCAUCGCUAAAACUUUUGAGCCACUUUUGAGUUUUUAAAGAAUUUUAAUUUUUGAGAUUUUUUUGCUGUAAUUCGGUUACAAAUACACAUAGAGUCUUGAAACUUGGUAAUAAUACUUAUAUUGAUCUUACCUAAAUGUGCUAAAAUUUCCAAAAUCAUCGGAUGAAUUAUUUCUUUUUUUUUUUUUACAAUGGAACUUUGUUUUAUUUUACUGUAGAUUAUUUUUUCCUAGAAAACUUGCUCCGAUGUAUAAGUGUAGCACCUUAUCUGAAAUUCAUUUUUAUCUACUUGCUAAAUACAUAGUUCAUUUUUUGAUUUUCGAAACGGCAUUUGAAAUAAAUAUGAUUAACCGGAAAAAAAAUACGAUUUUUUCACGAUUACGUUAUUUUAAAUAAGUAUCUACCACGUUUUCUAGCAUAAAUAUGGUUCCAAUUGAAAAACAACGAGAGACCUUUUUCGUUGAAUUAUUAAGCUUAUUUUUAAUGAUGCAGGUCGCUUUUCGAUUUUCGAAUUAGUUUUCAUCGGAAAAAAACGUAGGAAAGUUAGGUUAAAAAAAGUUACGACACUUCAAAUUAUGUAUUAACGAACUGCGCUCGGAUUCGUCUUUCGUCAGCAAUGGUUUGUCGUUGCUCACAGGGAUAAUUUUUUUUUAAAAGGGAUACAAAUCGAUUACAAAAAAAUGGUGUCAGUUCGAAGUCGAUAGGAUGAUUUUUAAAGGUUGCGGGUGCCAGGGAGACGGUCUGUAAAAUUCCGUUUUACAGGAAAUUGAAGGGGAUACAAAUUUGUUUAAAAAGGAUACAAAUAGAAACAAAUCGAGUUUAUAAAAAUUAUGUUAGUCCAAAGUCGAUGGGAUGAUUUACGGUUGCCGGAGAGAUGGACCUGACAAUUUGAAUAGGCUUACUUCAAAAGUUUAACUUGGCCGCCUGAGUGACUUACAAAUUUUAAAAAUAGACUUGCAAAUAUUUGCUUAUCAUUAGCUUUCGUUAAAUACUGAUUUCGAAGUUCUGGAUUAAAUGGAUGGGCAAAAUUAGACCAACUUAAUUUUUUUUUUAGUUUCACGGUUUCACGUUUGGUCUUGAAAAUUCGACAAGUGAACUAGAAAAUAUUUACAAAGUAUUGGCAUAAAUAUUAAAAAAAAUUGCAGAUCUUUGGUGGGCUAACUUCACAAAAAUGUUCAUGUCACGUUGUUUUAUCACAUAAAAUUAAUGUAAACAAGUCUACCAUAUUAAGAAACCAAAAAUGUAUAAGUACUCGUACAUAUAACGCUUGUCUAAAUUUUUAAAUUUCAAAAUAAUUAUGAUGCCUUAAAUAUACUUAAAUAAUUAUAAAUAGUUUAUAUUAACAAUAAUUAUAUAAUUAUAAUUAUUUACAAAUAUGAAAUAGAUAUAUACAAUAUAUUAAUAUAUGAUAUAUAUAUAUAAUACAUAAUAUAUAAAUAUGAAAUCAUUAACAUUUUGUAGGGUUAUUUAAGUGCUGUUCUUAAUGCAAUAUACGAGGACGGAUGCAAUGUGAUAGGCUAUGGAGUGUGGUCAUUUUUAGAUUCAUUUGAAUGGUUUUAUGGAUACGAGUAAGAUUAUAUUUUAUCAUUAUAUAAUAAUAUAUGGGAGGGGGGUAUAUAAAAAAAGAAAAAAAUUAAUCAAGCCGGAAUAUUAUUAGCAGAAAAAUAUUUCAGUCUAAAAUAUAAAAAAUAUAGUGAAUGUAUAAUAAAGUUAAUAAUAUAGAACCUAAGAUAUACAAAUAGUUUUUUACUAUCAAAUUCUACAUACUUACAGAAAUGUUAUUGUUUCAGACCAAAAUUUGGAAUAUACAAAGUUAAUUUCCACGAUGAGAACCGAUCUAGAAGUCCGAAAAAAUCUUUACAGUUUUUUAAACAGUUAUUUCAAACAAAAAGCUUACCCGAUGUUUUAGACGAUUUGUACUAUAAUAACUAAUAACAAAAUAAUACAGAAUAAUUUGUAUGUUAUAUACAGUGGUGUUCCCAUAGAGUAUACUAAAAAUUACUAAUUAGGGUGGUCCUUAUUUUUGAACUUGAACAAUUUUGUGUCAUGGGCUCGGAAUUUUGUUAGGUAUAUUAUAAAAAUAAUAGUUGUACAUUUUGGAUAUAAUAAUUCACCCAAUCACGUGCCUCAAAAGAGUUAAAGUUUGUUAAAAGAGGUUGUUUUAUUACGUUUAUUAUUUUAAUUUUAGACACUUUAUUAUUAUAAAAAAAAAUUUCCUACAUAAUGACUUUCUUUAAUAUUUCAUAUAUAUGUAAAAAAUCGAUUUAAAAGUUAGUAGAUUAAAAUUUUUAUAUAAUCUUGAAUUUAACUAUUAUCAAUCUAAUUUUGUUCCUCACAAUUUUAAAUACGAGUAUAUAGGUUCAAAAUAUACCAACAAUGUUGAACGUUGUCAUAAUAAUAAUUGCUUAUAAAUAAAACCUAUAAAACUAAAACUAAUAUGUAAAAUAAUAGUAUUAUGAUUUUUAGAUUCUGAGUGUAGUUAAGAAUGUAUUGAAUUACUAAGAUGUUUCUUUUUUUAUUUUUUUUAUCCUGUGUACAAAAAUUCGACCAUAAAUCUUGCUGAUAUAUACGCGUGACACCAUUUUUGAAAGGGAAUGUUGCCCAGAUGGUAGUUAUACGAGGUUUUUUUUUGAUUUUCCAAGCGGUUUUCACAAUAUCUGGGAAAAACCAGAAUAAAACUUUAAAAAAACGGGUAAUGUACGAAAUUAAUGCUUUUAUUAUUUUACCAAUUUUGUUAUUUAUUAUAAUUCAGUUAAAAAUAUUCGUAGAGACUUGAAAUUUGGACUGAAAACUUAUAUUGGCCUUUUCUAUACGUGGUAACAUUUUCAAAACACUUGAGCUAUUUUUAAAAAUAUUUUAAUAUUUUUGUUGAAAUUCAGCUAUAGAUAUUCGUAUUGAGUUAAUGGACUUGAAAUUCGGACAGAAAAUUUAUAUUUGCCUUUUUUAGGUGUGUCAUUUUUGAGCUAUUUAUUAACAUUUUAAUUUUGCGAGUUUUGUACGUAAUUUGUAUUCGGUUGGUACUCUGUGGUAACAUUAUUAGACUUAACAGAAAUGCUUGAAAAUUUAACAGGAGGUUUAUUAAAUCUUACGUUGUUGUGAAAAAAAAAAUUGAGUUUAAUGUAAUAUUUGUUUUUAUAAAGGAAUUUUUAAACUACAUUUUGAUGAAAAUUGUUUGAGUAAAAACAAGUGGAACAAAUAUAAUUUUUCUAUUUUUUUUUUUUUUUGAACAUAACUAUGUAUAUUGCGAAUAAAUAUAUAGAGAUUUGAAAACUUACAUUUCAAGAUUACUGUAUUAUAGUACUUACAACAUUAAAUAUAUAUAUUUCUUUAACUUUAAUCUUGACUAACAGUGUAUACUUUACGGUUCAACACUAUAACUAUACACUAUACAUUCGAUUCAUUCGAUUAAUACCAAAUAAAGGAGUUGUCGAUAAAACCACAGGAAAAUAGUAGCUUAUACUGUUUCUACCCUAUAAGUUAUAAUUGAAUUGCAUAGAAAAAUAAAAAUAAUUUUGAUUAAUUUUGUUUUAUUUCAAAUUAUAGUUAUAUUGAUGUAUUUCAAUUAUUGUUCAUUAUUUAAAUUUUAUUGAUCAUUCAAAAUUCAUCCAUAUUAUUCGUUUUUCUGUCGAUAAGUCUCUGAUAUAUACAUGUUUUUACCAACCAACUUAUGUCAAUCACUAAAAAAUUUCAAUUUAUAAUUCAAAAUUGUUAUUUAAAAAAAAUUAUAUACAUUAACGAUAAUAUUGUAAUAUUAAAUACAUAUAUAUAUAUAUAUAUAAAUAUGUAUUAUAAUUAAAUAUUAUUCAUAAAACUUACACGUGUAGAAUACAGACCAUGUUAAGAAACAUAUUCGUGACAAGUAUAAAUCGUUCAACUGAAAGUUUACCCUAAAACAUUUUAAAACAUUUAUUGUACAAAAAAAGCGUAUAUAAAAUAAUUAAAAUACCUAAUAUACAAAUUAUAAAAACAAAAUUUUUAAGUUGUUUUUAAUUUAUUUAUAAUUUAAAACCUUGUUACAUUAAAUUUUGCAUACAAUAUUGUUGGAGUAAAUAUUCACGAUCAUUGUAUAGUAAGAGUUAAUAAUAUUUAUAUGAAAGUAGACAUAAUUAAUGGAUGAGUCAUAAAAAAAUACAGACAUACUUCACACGAUGGGUGGGCCAAGAUUUAUGGUAGAAUUGUUGUACACAGUAUAAAAAAAUAAACAUCUCCGUAAAACCAAUGCAUUCUUCACUACACAGAAUCUAAAAUAAAAUUUAAUUUUUUUUGGGUUUUGUUCAAGUAUAAACAAAACUACCAAAAAAAUAAAUAAAAAAAUUACUGACCCAUGAACUAGAUAAAAAAUGCAACUAAGAAGGCCCCUUGUAUCUAAAAAAAAAACAUCAUUGUAAAAACAAUAAAUUCCUCGCUCCACUCAGAAUCGAAAAUGUAUCUAAGCAAUAAGAUUUGUUUCUACUCUUUGCAACUAUUUUUACAUAAGUAUGGUUUAUUUCUAAAAAGUAAAUGUCUUUACCAUAAUAUUAAAUUAUAAACAAUAAAAAAAUAAAACUGAUCAGCCAUUUUAAAUUAAUAACACCAUGUUUUAAAUUAUAUUAAAAAGUAGUUUAAAACAUUAUAAACUGUUUAAAAAAAAAAAAAAAAACGGUUCUAGGUAUAUUUAACUGGUUAUAGGUAUGUUAUCCAAAUAACCAGUUUCCCUAAUCCUUUUUGUAUUACCUAGAUAUUUUUGUAUAUCUUAUAUCGUAACAAGGAAUGUCAAUAUUUCCUAGGUUUUUAAAAAGGAAAUAAAUUAUCUAAUGAAAAUACAAAAUGUAUUUGUUUUGAAUUUGUUCAUAAUAAAGAUCAUAUAUUACAUUAAUGCCUUUGAGCUAUAAUACUGCAUAAACUUACGCAAUUUGUAAUUUUACAGUUCCAAUAUAAAUCAUUGAUACUUGUACAUACAAACCGUAGAACCAAAAUAUUAUGUGCCUAAUAGUCCUGCAUAAUUUAAAUAUUUCACCAAAUUCUUCAUCUUCAUUUGUGCUAUCCAUAUUCUUAAAAAUAUAAAUAUAAAAUUGAAUGCUUAUAUAAGAAAUGACAGUGCAAUCAUUAUACUAUUUUGGUACUGAUAGGUUAUAAGUACCUAAAUGACAGAUGUCCAAUAGGUAAAUACGGUUUUAUAUUUUAAAAUAGUGGUGCAAUUUAAUAAUAGUUAUUAGUUAUAAAGAGACCUGUAAAUAUUAUACCCACAAUAAAUCCUCCAGGGAUAUUGUGUGUACAAAACUGUCAUAAAUUACAAAAUUUGAAUUCAUGAAUUGGGCAUUUAUACAAUGAAUUCACAUAAAUUUAAAUGUGUAAUUUUCUUUUUUAUGCGUUAUAAUUUAUAAAUUUCAUAAUAUUAUAUUAGGUAAGUAUAUAAAUAAUUGUAUUUUGUUUAUAUUUUAUAUUUGUAUAAAAAAUAUUAAUGGUAUAAUAUUACAAAUAAAAACACUAAAAAAAAUUACAUUAUAUUAAUUCAAAAUCUCUUGACUCCAAAAACUGUUUGAUAUUUAAGUAGAGCUUAUUAUUACUUAUACCCAGAGAAUUAUGAAUACCUAUACCUACCUAUUUUAUUCUACUGAUAUGAAAGUUUUUAUUUUAACGUAAAAUUAAUUAUAACACAUUAUAAUAAAAGUAGCCAUUUUUAUAUAUAUGAUAAACCCACUUUAUGUAAAUUAUUUUUGGGUCAAACAGUUUGUGAGAGAUUUUCACACUUUGACAAUUUUUACAAAAUCUACAAGAUUUUAUAAUUAAAUGUUAUUUGAAUCUGUAUGAAUGGUUAAUCUGUUGUUAAUUUUUUUAAACUUAUGGUAAACUAGUAGGUACAUACUUACUUAGUUUAGUCAGUACUAAUAAUUUUUUCUUAUUCCUUAAAGAUCCUAAAAAUCCUAAAGACUAAGUAAAAAUAGAGUAGAAUGAUUACAUAAUAAUACAAAAUUUAACUUACUUCGUCAUAUAAGAAUAUAAAAUUCAUAGCAUUUAUAACAAAUACAUAAAUUAUACAAUUCAUUAAAAUGUAAAAACCAUCAUCUAUAAUACAUAAAAAAAUUAGUAAAUAUAAUAUUGUGUACAUAAGUUAUGAAAAGGAUGCAGAUUCAAAUGUUCUAAAAAACAAAAAAAUGCAUUAAAAAAUGAUGUAAAAUUAUUUCAAAUUUUGAAAAAAAACUAUUUAUUAGGUAGGUAGGUAUAUAAAUUUACUAAACAGAACAGUGCAAAUAGUGAAAUAUGAUCACGACAACUCAAUGAAUAGCUAAUCAUUUUCUUUAUUACAAACUGCAUUAUAUUAAUCUGGUACAAUAGAUAAAUCCAUAAUACAUUUUAAAAAUUGAAAUAUGAUUUUUUUUUCUUUUAUGAAGAAAUCAAAAUAAAUUUUAUCAGGUUUUCUGAUAACCUUAAAGUUUAUAAAAAAAAUAAAAAUGCCUUAAACAUCUAAAGAUGCAAAAUAAAAGUUUCAUAUUUGAAUUCUUUGACCUAUGAAACAAAUUUUGUACUUAGAAAGCAUUCAGAAAAAAAAUACAAUUUGCAUUAUAAUCUGCACCUUAGUUAUAAAUUAUAUAAUAUAUUUGUACUAUACCUCUAAAAUCACUUGGCCAUGGAUUAGUACAAAUAAAGAAUAAACAAACAACAAUGGCAUGGAUCUGUAUAAAAUGUUAACAUUAACUUAUAAUAUUUAUUAAGUUAUCUAAAAUAAUUUACACAUGAAAUUAUUGAAUAGUAGUUAAUAUCCUUCUUAAUAUUGGAUAAAGUAUUUGAACUCAGUAGUACUCUGGGUAUUAUUGUAUAGUAAACCAUUUUAUUCAAAAAGGAAGAUAUACCUUAGUGUUCAUUUCAAAUGAUUUUAAGUUUUCGUGUAAUUGUUUACAAAAAUAUGGAGUUACUGUUAAUUUCCUUGGAAACUUCAUCUCAGAAACAAAUUUGUUUUUUCAUUGUUUAUAGUAUAAUUACAAUGAACCUUUAUACAGUAUUCAGUGUGUCCCACGAAGAUAAUAUACUCAUUUCAAUAUUUCCUAUUCUCUUGAAACAAUAAAGAUAAUCAAAUUCUAUAGUAAAGAAAUAAAAUAAUCAAUUAAUUAAUGAAUAUGUCACCCGGAGUAUUAUUGUGUAUUAUAUAACCGGUUUCUAAUGAAAAAAUUUGUCAUCAGGUAUAUUACAGUCAAAAUGUAAAAUGUGACUGAAUAUAAAAAAUUAAAUGAAGGAAUAGAUAGAAAAAAAAAAAUUAUACACAUUGGUCAUUUUACAUAGAAAUAAUUAAAUUUUGGUAGAUUAUUUUGAAUGGGUUAUUAUUAGACAUAGAUAUGUUAAAAAAUAUAAAUUAUUUGGUUAUUAUUUAUUAUCUAAAAUGUAUUGAUAUAAGAUAUUGUUUUUAAAAUCGGUUUGUACAUUUUAAAUAUUAUUAAAAUUAUUUUUCUUUAUUUCAUUAUAUUAGUGUAUAUGUAAUUCUUCCAAAAUUAAAUUAAUGUAAAUGUUCUUUUGGGUAUUUAAUAUCCCUAACUCUGUAUUAAUAUCAAAGCUUAUAUUAUGGUUAUUUUCUAAAACAUGUUUUGUGCAAUUUGAAUUAGGGGCAAUCUUUUUAAAUUUUAUUUCAGAAAUGUGAUCUUUAUACCUUAUUUUAGAAUUUCUAUUCGUCUUACCUAUAUACAAUUUAGUUACAUUUAAGUUAAUAUAAUAUAAUCAGCAUUUUCAAAAGAUGGGUGAUUUUUUCUUAAGUUUUUAGUUCUAUUGAUUAUAUGUUUGAUUAAAUUAUUAUUAGUCUUAAAAGUAAUUUUUACAUAAUUUGUAUUAUUGUUCAGGAUUUUAGAGAAUUUGUUAGUAAUAUUAUUUUGAUAUUUCAUACUACAAUAGUUAACAUUAUUUGGUGAGUUGAGUAUUAUUUUUUCUUUAAUACGUUUAUGAAUUUUAUUUAAUAGUAGGUAUUUAAAUUGAAAUUAUUUCUAUUUCUUAUUAUUGAUCAUAUUGAGUUCGUGUUGAUAAUUAUGAUUAUUUAAUGGAAUAAGUUAAAAAAUAUUGAAUUAAAUAAUGAUAUUUUUUGAGAAUAAGGGUGGUUAGAAUUAUGUGACAUUAUUCAAAAAUAAAAUUUAAUUGAACCAGUCAUUAAAUGAGAUUCAAAACCACAUAAACAAGACAAACAAGUCAUUGAAAUUAUUUGUUGGUUAUAUGUUGGUUUUGUAAAAACAAUAUUAGCCUAGGUAGUGUUACUUUUUUAGUGUUGAUAGGAACGAUGAAAAAUAUUUGUAUUCCUUUUUGGAAUUUGAUAAUCAUACUGAUACUCCGCAAAAUAUUACUUAUGGAUCCUUCCUAGUUUUGAAUCUUUUUACUACGUCACUGUUUUUGCAAUUUUUUUAAUUUCUUUUUAAUUUGAGGAUAACUUGUGUGUUCGCGCAUCGUUAUCACCGGUAUCCACCAGCGUUAUCGGACAGGUCGUCUCGCAUCACUGUUUUUCCGGGAGCAUUGUCGUCGCGUGAACCGGUACCGCUCACCCAUUCAACCAGUGUGUGUGUGUGCGACCUUCGCCGUACAGUCGUGGUCUGUCGCUUGUGUACAUUAUUGUGUUCGGUGCCAAAGUCACGUUUUAGUUUCCGUUGUUGUCCAUUGAUGUUGUUAGGUCGUUUUGGUUAAGGUCACCUUAACCGUCACCUUAUCUAACAACACACGAGGGUUUAACCUAAAUCGGGAUAAAAAGAAUCCUGUCCAACGGUCCGAGCAGAAAAAAUCUAAAGUUGCCUUGUUGUCCUCAAAAGCUCCAGUAACGCCCGCGUCAAAAUGUUUUGUUUGCUCCGGAGAUCAUCCUACUGCUAGUUGUACUGAGUUCGCCGCAAUGUCCUUAGACAACAGAUGUCAAGCUGCUAAGGACCGCAAGAUAUGUUUACGGUGUUUGAACUCCACUCAUUGGUCGAAUCGUUGUACCGCCAAACCGUGUAAAGGUCAUCAUCAUAUCCUUUUGCAUCGGGAAUUCUGAAGCAUCACGAAAGACGUCUCCCACACCUGACGCGUUUUUAGUUGGUUCACUGGAGCGGCCUACAGUAUUACUCGGAACCGAAAUUGUCCAUAUUCGCAAUUGCGGUGGUUAUGCUCAACCAGUCCGCGCUCUAAUCGAUUCGGCUUCCCAGAUCAGCGUUAUAUCGUCAGCGUAUGCUGACCGCUUAGGUCUGAGACGCUCGAAGUGGACAACUCCUCUUACGAGUCUGUCUGGUAUGCAGGUUCCCAAAGUAAAUGGCAUGGUGAGAUGUACCGUACACGAUAUAAUGACGAUAGCAAAAUCUAAGUGACACCAUGGGUCCUUCCUACGAUAACCAGUAAACAUGCCAUCCCGUCAUUUGCCUGCUAGUGGCAAAAGUAAAUUUUUCAUCUGGCUUUGGCAGAUCCUAGCUUCGAUCAUCCGGCGCCGAUUGAGCUGUUGCUAGGGGCUGAUAUGUAUUAACAGAUUUUAGAUCGAAAGCAGGUAAUCGUGGAUUCUUCACUACCUACAGCUCCAUUCGGCUCUCUUUUCGGAUGGAUUUUGAUCGGACCUGUUCCGGACCACGACCCCGAUAAAAUCCAUUCAAACGUAGUGGCCCUCACAGUGUCGCUUGAGAGUAUGGUUGAACAGUUUUGGCGGCUCGAAGAGCCUGAUCCCGCUCCAGUAACUUUCACUGAGGAGGGCAAAUGUGAAACAAUUUAUGUAGCCGAACGCGUGCGGGAAGAAUGUGGCCGAUUCGCAGACCCUUUGCCGUUUAUUGACGCUUACGAGCAAGAACGAUUUCCUGGAGCCCGACAGGUGGCUAUGCGUCGUUUCCAGAGUUUGGAAAGAAAACUCCAGGCGGACCUAGCUCUGAAGAAGGUUUAUUUAGUCUUUAUGAGCGAUAAUGAAUCACUGAGGCAUAUGUCUAUCGCUCCCAGUCCUGGCAUUUAUUUCAUAUCUCACCAUCCCGUUUUCAAAUGUAAUGCGACAACCAGUAAAAUUCGGGUAGUAUUCGACGCUUCCGCCACUACGUCAUCCAAUCGGUCUUUAAAUGAAUGUCUCUAUACCGGACCGAAACCUUAGCAAGAAAUAGUUGAUGUCCUGUUCCGAUUCCGAGUACAUCGUUUUACUUUCACAGCCGAUGUCUGUAAAAUAUAUCGGCAAAUACGCGUGCUUCACCGUUGGACGAACUUAAGGAGUACAAACUGAACACAGUUACAUAUGCCUUAACCUGUGCUUCUUACCUUGUGCUACGAGUGUUAAAAAAUACUGCCGACAAUUGUUGUGAAGGAUCAUCAGGUGUCAAACAUGCGUUCACACAUCAAACUUACGUUGAUGAUAUUUGUGUAAGAGCUGACAACAUAGAACAAUUAUUAAAUCUAAAAUCAGGUGUAGAAACCGUUCUAGGCGCCGCCAAGUUUAAAUUUAAAAAAUGGUCCAGCAAUGCUCCACAGAUUCUGGCUUCCAUUCCGCCAGAAGAUCGAGCUCAAAAUGUUGUGGAUUUCGACGACACCGAGAUGAGGUUAGUCAAAUUUCUUGGUUUAAACUGGAACUCUUGUGACGACACCUUUGGUUUUGAGGUCUUCUUCUCGUGUGAUAAAAUCAGUAAACGCGCAGUCCUCUCGACAGUCGCGAGAAUAUUUAACCCGAUUGGUUUCAUCGCUCCGGUAAUCUUUUAUGCCAAGCAUAUAUUAUAGAGAAUUUGAAAGGCAAAUUUAGUGUGGGAUGAGUCACUUCCACUCGAGCUAGUCGAGGAUUGGAAAACAUGGGUUCAAGGUCUCCAUACAUUGACCAGCGUCAAGAUUCCGCGGUUUUUGGCCACGAAUGCCCGUUCUCGCGUUCAACUAUGUGGCUUUUACAAUGUAUCGGAGCGAGGGUACGCAGCCGUUGUCUAUCUCCAAUUGAGCCUUCCAAAUGGUCCUUUCGUCACCUCUCUACUUGGUUCCAAAACCAAAAUGGCUCCCAUGAAAGAAAUUACUGUACACCGACUUAA